CACAAAUUAGGUGAUUUCGUACAACCAAAGGGCGUGCAUUGCGCACCCUGACCUUUUUUCUUUUAAUUUUUUUUUUUUAAUUUAAUGGUUUGGAUUAAGUUUUUAAAUCAAUAUUUUUGAUGAAUACGAAAUACUCUUUGUCGGAUAUAUAUCGAAUUUUAAUAAAUUAAUUUUUUUAGCUCAAAUUAAUUUUUCACCAAGCAAACGAGAGAAAAAACAAAUAUACAAAGAGAGAAGGGAAAAAACCCUAGUGAAAAUCAAAGCUUUGUUUUGGAGGAAAGAGAGAAAUUCAGAGAUCAAUUUCACCUAAUCACAACUUCUCACCUCGAGAAUUCGCUUUAAUUUUGAGGGAAAAGGCUUUGCUAUUUGGGAUUCUGAAAUGAAAUUGAAGAAAGGGGACAAAGUGGAGGUUAUGAACAAGAAAGAGAGUCCAGUUUCAUGGCAUGUUGCUGAGAUUUUGUCUGGCGAUGGACAUACGUAUCAUUUGAAAUAUGAUUCUUAUCCCGGCAUGUCAAGUGAACACAAAGUGGAGACUGUUUCAAGGAUGUCUGUGAGGCCAUGCCAGCCUUUGGUGCAAGGUGUAGAUGAUUACGUAGCUGGAGACGUUGUGGAGAUAUUUUACGAAUAUGCCUGGAAGGCUGCUGCUAUCCUGAAUGUAUUGCAAGGCAAAAGAGAAACUAAAAGUAAGAAGAUUUCCCUCCGGACAGCUGCAGUCCAGAAACGGUAUUUGGUAAGGCUGCUUGGGUGCUCCAUGGAGUCUAUUGUUGAUGGAUCAAACAUUAGGACGAAGCAGACAUGGCAUAAUGGCAAAUGGGUUCUGUUUGAAAAGAGUUCUCGAGGAGCUGAGGAUGUUACAGCUAGCAAGCCAUCAACUUCGAUUUGUCAUCAGAAUGUGAACUUCAAGAUCACUCUACCAAAAGCAAGGGCUAAGAAGACACCUCAAGAUAAUUGCAUCAAUAUUUUGGAUGAAAAUCGAUUUAUGGAAUCUCAGCGCGAUUCAAGGUCGCUAAAGAGGAUGUCCCCUUAUGGCUCUUCUAUCAAUGAAGCACAUAACGGGCCUAUCCAGAAGUUACGAGCAAUUGAGAAAGACGGGAGGAAACAAAGACUGGCUGCUGCUGCUGCCCCCGUGUUUGAAAAGGCAGGUUCUGUUUCUUAUCCAAGAGAGAUUUUGGGCGAUAGAAACAUGCAUGCUUCCCUCAAAAUUAUACCGAGUGCAUACAACCAAAUGGUGAGGAUGAGAUUAAAUGAUGUUCCUGGAAUCAGAAGUACGCAAUUGAAUAGUUCAGACAGUGAUGCCUGCUCUGUUGGUAGUUGUAGUGUUACUGAUCGGAGUCCAAACAACUUUGAUAUGCCUUCUAUAUGCCUAGUUUCUCGAGAAACAGACACCGUAGAUAGUGAUGCUGAGUCUGGUCAUGGCUCGGGAUUUGAGAGGAAAAGAAGUUGUCUUCCUCCACGAGAGGAAGUAGGAAUCAGUAUACGUAGGUUAGAGUUGCAAGCUUAUCGGAGAACUCUAGAAGCCUUGUAUGCUUCUGGUCCCUUAAGUUGGGAACAGGAAUCAAUGUUGACAAAUCUGCGUAUCAUGCUCCAUAUUUCAAAUGAUGAACAUUUGACGGAGCUGAAGUACCUAAAAUCUGCUAAAACUGCUGGCCAAGUUGGAGGCAUGCUUCACUUGCUUCCAAGGCUCGAAGCCGAUGCCAUGGUUUGCACGACGAUACAAUCGUCUACUUUCAAACUGUUGUUCUAUUGUUUAUGUUCUCUGCUGAGGAUCAUUUUAGCAGAAUCAGAGGUACAAUACAAGCUUACUUUCAUGUUACUAAAAGUUGAUAGCUUCAUAGUUUGUGUUGUGUUUCACAUCCUAUACUUUUCGAUUUCUUGGCUGGUUAAAAUUUGUUUCAUUUCUAAUUCAAAAAAAAUUUUGUUUCAUUUCUUCAACAUUUUGGUUAAUUGAGCAACAAAUAUGCACACUAACAUUUCGAUAUCUGAAAUGAAUAUAUUAGGGAAGUUUUAAAUUCCUUU